AUGCAAUUAGCGGUUCUGGACUUUAGAGCCGUUUUCAACUCUCCUCAUCGAGGCCGUCUUCUCAAGGCGCUCCGCACCGAUGGAGUACCAGGAAAGUUCGUUCGCUUGCUUAAUGACAUGAAUCAACGAACAACUGCUGCAGUUCGAACACAAGCCGGUUGCACAACACCGUUUGAGGUGGUAACUGGAGUAAGACAAGGGGCAGUGGCAGGACUCCUCCUGUUCAACUUCGCUGUCGACGACAUCAUGCGGAGAACAGCAGAUCAGUGUCCUGUCGAUAUCAUCCUAGCACCAUCAGGACGCCCCUUGAUCGAUCUCGAGUACGCUGACGAUGUUGUUAUAUUCGUGGAAAGUAGUACGGAACUUCAGCAUGUUGUCAACCUUGUUUCGAAAGCUGGCUACAAUCUAUGGACUACGUCUAGGCCCUGA